CUCCUCCUACCUCCUGUUCACCUCGCUCCCGUGGACGCCCGUGCGCCGUCCAGCACGCGGAUGUCGUGCUGCCGCCCAUCCCGCGGUUGAAGAGUUGGAUAAGAGCCCUCCCUCGACGCCCCUCUCUCUGCCAUGAACCCUAGCUCCCUCCAUUUUCCCCUCUGGCGCCGUUCUCCACCAAAUCGAGCCGCGUUCGAGAGCUCCCAUGGCUGCGCCGUCGACGUUGGCGCGGACACCGGCCUCCCCUCGCCUAUCCAGCAGGUCCAGGAGACGCGCACCUUCACCCUCUUCGUCUACGACAAGUCGCGCGAGCAGGGACGCCCUCACGCCGCCGCAAUCGUCGAUCCCCAUCGUCGGCCGUCGCUUCUACCUCGUCGUCGACCCGCCGCUGCCUGCGCUCCCGUUCAUUCGAAGAGCCACCAUGUGCUCCCUGACCCCAUGACGGCUACCGAUGUCGCUGUAAUCGACUACGUCGACGAUGACCCUCCUUCUCGCCUGAGCAACCAGAUGGUGGAUCCUUGGAGCCAGAUGCCACCGCCGAUGGAUGCAACUACAUGGAGACCGCCGAUGACCAGGAGUAGUUAGGAGGUCCCAGGCGGGAGGCCUUGGCUCUUCGAUCGUGU